GCCUGGAUCAGCUGCCACCACUUUGCCAUUCUCCGCCUCGAGUUAAGCACUCAACCUCUGACCGGAUUCUCUUUGCCUGUGGAACCUGUGAAGGUAGUCUGUUUUUGAGCCUUUCUAUCAUCUGAAUUAUCGGGAUCCUGGGUCUGUUUGGGCUCUUCUCGAUCUCAAUCUCAGGACAGUCGUUUUUCAGCUUUGGAUAUCAUCUGUUGACUCAAUUUCAGAAAACUGAAGCUGGUUUGCUACUUGUUCAAAAUCUGUGAUUCCAAAAAUAUUCAUUCUUUUUCCUCCUUUUUCUUUUCAUUAGAAUAUUCCAAAAUCUGGUCUCCAAAAAUCCACUGUCCAGAGAGCCUAUAGAUGAGAUCUUGACAUUAGAAUUCCUCUGUUUCCGUAAUCGAAAAACAUGAAUUCCUAUGAACCACCUCAGAUCUAAAUCUUAGAGCAGGAAAAAUCCAUCUCCCAAAAACCAAUCUGAUAUGCAUUUCAUUAACAUUUUCAGAGCUCUACUUCUAAAAUUGCACUAAUUGCGCUGUAUAUCCCAGAAACUGAAGUCCAAAAAUCACCAAAAUCAAAUAAAAAAGUAUCCCCUUUUCUUGCGUUUCUGAAGUCCACACAGAGAUAAUACAGGCCCUAAAAUCUAAAGGAUUUAGAUAUCCCAAAAUCAAUCAGAAAAUCCUAGAGUUCACCCUUUGCAGGAAUUUUAGAACUGCCUACCAAUCAAAAUUCCAGCAUUUCAUACCUUUAAUCAGUGAAAUAUCAGGUUUUCGGGCGACAAAGCCCAGAUUUCACCUGACAACCAUCCAAACCAGACGCUCAAUUUCCAUAGAUCUUCUACUAACCUGUUCUUGAUUAGUUUUGCCACGGAUCAUUGUAUCAAUACAUCAACACCAUAAAUAUCUACGGCCGGAGAUCCAUCAACAGGAAGCACCAUGUCAGAGGCAGCCAAGAGGGUGGUGGUGAUCCAGGACGCAUCGAGAAACAUCAGUUCGACCGCAAUCAAAUGGAUCUUGCAGGGCUUACAACUUAAGCCCGGAGAUGCACUCAUACUCCUUGGUGUUCUUCACCAGGUUAAUACUCCUAGUACGUUUCCUUUCACGGGAGCCACGAAUCUUUUGGGAUACAAGAGCAGAGUCGGCUCCAGCUCGAUUGUCGGGGCGAACAAGAAUAUCAUCAAAGAAGCAGUCACAAGGAAGAUGGAAGAGUAUCACAACAGCAAGUUAAUCUCAGAAAUUCGUAAGCUGUAUGAAACAAACCAGGUUGAGUUCAAUGUAAAGGUGGUGGCUGCGGCUUCACCGAAGAUAGUUGCUUUGGACAUUGCCAAGAAAUUAAGGGCUACAUGGAUAAUUCUCGACAGACAGAUGAAGAAAGAUAAGAAAUAUUUCCUGGAAAAGCUAUCAUGUGGAAUUUCAAGGAUGAAGCGUGAUGACAGUGUUGAAGAGUUGAGGGGCCCAAGAGACAGAGACACCAACAAUAUGCACACAGUUCGAAGCCGGAACAGUUCUGUGACAUAUGAUGAGAUGAUACCAGGGACGCCUGAUGAUGAGACAUCACCAAAGACAACAGAUGAUGCAAUGAGACCAGGGACACCAGAAGAUGAUCUUUUCAGCUUGGAACUCUCUCCUAGGAUAACCAGGGGCGCAUACAAGAAUAGCUUGGUCAAAGAGCCCAGAACUGAUAAUGAGCCCCAAUGGGGUAGCACAACAACAUCCUCAUUUUCUAAAUCCAUAUCAAGUGAACUGCUCCAGUUGCUAAGCCCAAACAUGAGAAACCCUGAGGCGUCAUCAAGUUCCAGUUUUAAUGAGGCAAAACAUUUUCCCCUUGAGAACGAAAGCUACACAGACAGCAGAUGUACAACUGCAGAAGAUGAAAUGCCAGAUGCCAUCCUAGACGGUCAAAAAUUGGACCAAGCAGAAGCUAAUGAAAUAUUGUAUUCAGAUCCAAGGCAAAGGCAGAGCAGCUUUUAUGCUCGGGAUUUUUUCAUGUUUGGGCUUACAGUGAAUUCUGUUUGUUCAGAAUGUACGAAUGAACGGCCAAAGAUUGGAUCAACAACAGAUUUCACUUAUGCGGAGCUUGAAGCUGCUACGAACAAGUUUUCCCAGGAAAAUUACCUAUCUGAGGGGGGAUUUGGUUCCGUAUAUAAAGGGAAACUGAAGAAUGGGAUAAUGAUUGCUGUUAAGCAACAUAAACACGCAAGUUCUCAGGGAGAGAAAGAAUUUAAGUCAGAGGUACACGUACUAAGCAGGGCUAGACACAAGAAUGUCGUCAUGCUGCUGGGUUUAUGUUCAGAAGGAAAUCACAGGCUGCUAGUUUAUGAAUUCGUCUGCAACGGUUCACUGGACAGACAUCUCUCAAAAAAAAGCCCCAAAACUCUGAGUUGGAAAGACAGGAUGAAAAUAGCACUGGGAGCUGCUAGAGGAUUGCAAUAUCUGCAUGAAAACAACAUUAUCCACAGAGACAUGAGGCCCAACAACAUUCUUGUAACCCAUGAUUACGAACCCUUGCUUGGAGAUUUUGGACUCGCAAGAACUCAAAAUGAAGGGUCAGAUCACUCCUCAGAUACUAGGGUUGUUGGAACUUUUGGCUAUUUGGCACCUGAAUACGCAGAAAGUGGGAAAGUUUCGACCAAGACAGAUGUAUAUUCCUUUGGUGUAGUUCUAUUACAGCUGAUCACCGGUCGGACAACAAUAGACAAGGAGCUCAGAGAGAAAAGUCUCAUAGGAUGGGCACGACCACUUUUGAAGGAAAGGAAGUACCCAGACUUAAUAGAUCCUAGGAUUCUGGACUCACAUGAUGUCCACCAACUCUUCUGCAUGGUUCAGUUAGCUGAAAAAUGUCUCCGCAAGGAUCCUGAAAGAAGACUAUCCAUGGACAAGGUUGUGGGCACAUUAGAACGCAUACUCAAGAAUGAAACAGUUAGUGGCAUUGAAGAUUUCUCUCCAGCCAACUCGGAUUCAGUAAGUAGCAUCCCAGAGUAUAAUGAUACACAUGCAGACAACGAAACAGUUGCAGAAGAAAGGCGGUUUAGUCCAGAAUUAUCACCAGUCAGUAGCAGGAGUCAGAUGAGUGAAGCAUUUUCAACAGCAUCUUCAGCAAAAACCUCUUCGACAUCAAACACAUCCAAAAGCUCCAAAAGUUCAAUUUCCAGAGGUAGAAAAGGACACAGAAAUAACAGAAUGGAAUCUGGAAGCCAACCACAGUUCCCUUAUGGCAACAUGCUCAAUUAAUAUAAUGUUGGAAGGAUUCUAUUCUUCUGUGCAGUUAGUGAUAGUUCCUGAAAGAAAACUUGCAGUUUUUGUUUGCCGAAGAAACACACGAUCUGUCGAGAUAAACUUUGCAUUUAUUUAAAAGCAAGCCAUUUAAGCAGUCAUAAAAAGUGUACAAGAAAAUCUGUAAACUUGCUCCCAUAUUAUUGUUCACUGAAGAAAGGAAGCCAAAUGAUUUAUCAUGCA